ACUGCUAUGCUAAGAAAAACCCAGGAGGUAACAGGGACCGACGCACAACUAUCAACAGUGAGAUAAGGGGAGUUGACCUGCGAGCAAAACAAAGCCCCUUUUCUUCCACGGAGAACCCGAGUUGCCUUUUGCAGUCCAAAACAUAUCGGAAAAUACACUGAAAACGUCACCCAAAAGGUGGACUGUCCGCUGCCUGGUCACUCGUGGUAACGCUCCGCCAUGCCUUUUCCCUUUGGCAAGUCCCACAAGUCACCGGCGGACAUCGUCAAGAACCUUAAGGACAGCAUGACGGUGCUGGAGAAGCACGACAUCUCGGAUAAAAAGGCUGAGAAGGCUGCAGAGGAGGUGUCGAAGAGCCUGGUAGCCAUGAAGGAGAUCCUGUAUGGGACGAAUGAGAAGGAGCCGCAGACGGAAGCAGUGGCCCAGCUAGCCCAGGAGCUCUACAACAGCGGCCUGCUGAGCACGCUGAUCGCAGACCUGCAGCUCAUCGACUUCGAGGGAAAGAAAGAUGUAGCACAGAUCUUCAACAACAUCUUGAGGCGCCAGAUUGGUACUCGGACACCUACUGUAGAGUACCUGUGUACCCAGCAAAACAUCCUUUUCAUGUUGCUGAAAGGGUACGAGUCCCCAGACAUCGCCCUGAACUGCGGCAUCAUGCUGAGGGAGUGCAUCAGACACGAACCCCUGGCCAAGAUCACUCUGUGGUCGGAUCAGUUCUACGACUUCUUCAGAUACGUGGAGAUGUCCACCUUUGACAUCGCCUCAGAUGCAUUUGCCACUUUCAAAGACCUUCUCACAAGACACAAACUACUGAGUGCCGAGUUUCUGGAGCAACAUUACGACAAAUUUUUCAGUGAAUAUGAGAAGUUGCUGCACUCAGAAAACUACGUGACUAAACGGCAGUCCCUCAAGUUGCUCGGCGAGUUGCUCCUCGACAGGCACAAUUUCACCAUAAUGACAAAAUAUAUCAGCAAGCCAGAGAAUCUCAAGCUAAUGAUGAAUCUGCUGCGAGACAAGAGCCGCAACAUCCAGUUUGAGGCUUUUCACGUGUUUAAGGUGUUUGUGGCCAACCCCAACAAAACGCAGCCCAUCCUGGACAUCCUGCUGAAGAACCAGACCAAACUCAUCGAGUUUCUCAGCAAGUUCCAGAACGACAGAACAGAGGACGAACAGUUCAAUGACGAAAAGACUUACUUAAUCAAACAGAUCAGGGACCUGAAGAGGCCCGCGCCGCAGGAGGCCUGAGGGGGGCGCACAGAAGGGCAAGGACGGAGCCGCCAGGACCGAGUCUGGGGAAGCAUCCAGACGGCGUCUGCCUAAUGGACCCAUCGCCAACAGCUGCUCUGGUUUUUGAACAAAAACUGAGGAUCAAAUCAAUAAAAAAACAAAACAAACCCACAUCAGCUCACCAGGAAGUCGUCAGCUCCUCUGCCCCCCCCCUCAGAACAUUUAAUAUGUUUUAUUUCUUUCAAAAGAUGUCAGAAAAAAAUAAUAGAUGCUGCUGAUUUUUUAAGUUGCCACAUGAGUUCAUCACCGAAAGAACAAAUCCAAUGCAUUGUAACUAAGGCAGGCUAAUUGAGAGGUGGAUACGCACACAGGCUUAUCCUAAUUAAACAUGCACACACUGAAUGUCAUCAAAGACAUUAAGAUAAGCGGUACGAACAGGAGCAUCAGAACUACGGUUGCAUGCCUUUAAAUAAGACUCCUCCACGGCUGUCCCUGGUGUUACGGCUGCAACAUCUGGGCUCUGCAUCCAAAUCAACAUGCAUCCCAGCAGCUGCUUUAGUUGCAUCUUGGCCUUCAUCUAACAAAGCAACUGUGGCGUGUUUUACAAGCUCUCAGAUGCCAUCAGAACCAUUUAUUACCUCCUGUGUGCUUUCUAACAGCACUUGAAGCACAGUAGGAGAAGAGAGGGAUGUAAGGGAUGAAGUAGUUAAAGGCCAGGAUUUGGCUCCUUUAUUUUUUAAUUAUCUGGGACAGGGUGAUCGUGUACAUAUGCCUUUUUUUUUUUUUUUUGCUUUGUAGAGUUUUGUUUAACCUUGACAUAAAAAUAUAUAUUAUAUAUAUAUACGUUACCUUAAACAAGCUGUUUUUGGUUAUUAAGUCACUUUCUGGAGCAAAAAGAAAGUGACAGUUUGCAUUUCAUUUACUGCUGAAAUGAUAACUGGUGGGUUUAACUUUGUACAUAAUUUAAAGGGCCAGCUCACAUUUAGCUAACCUAUAGGAUCUUUUAACAAUUUGUACAGCAGAGGAAUGUCAUGGUAAUGGCUCUGGGUCCGUUCGUUUUGUUUUCCCUUCAUCUACGUUUUGAGGAUCUCUGCAGAAAUUAUGCAGGGAGCGUUGCAGAUGGGGGAGUGUAGGGAAGAGCAGAGCAUUAACAUUAAAUUGUGCGCGUUUGCACUUGGUGAGGUGCUGGGUGAUUAAUUUCUCCUUACUUGGAGCAGUUUUCUUCUCCUUCCUGUUGUCUUACCGCUUUGGUGAGUAACAGAGUGCCAUGUUAACCCCCGCUGUUUGAGAGCUUCAAGUGGGACCUGAUUAUAACUCUUAUCAUCACCCCUUUCUUUGUGUUUUGAGCCUUCUAUAAUUCCAGUAUAAUGGUGAGUGUAAAGCAUUGUGGGUAGCAGAGUGUUUUGGUGUGUGCUGAAGCUGAAGACAGCUGAUUAAACAACAUAUCGUCUUCAUUUGCAGUGAGAUUCUCGGUGUAAUGUAAUCAGAUAACACUACUGUAAGAGGCCGACGCUCCAUUCGAUCACUCUGAACAUGCAUGCUGCUCCUCUGGCUGUGCAUGAUGCUGAACUAAAGAUUGUACUGGAAUUGCCCCGUCCCCUUCCCUUCCAGCUUUAGACAGUAUUGAAACGACAACAUGAACCCUUGCUGACUUUCGGCAGUGACUGUGUGGGAGCUUUCUGAUGUGUCAAAGGCCUGGGCCCAACGAUUCAAUAAACAUUUGAGAUAAAACACA